GAGCUCUCUCACCUCGUCCUCCUCCUCUUCCUCGUCCCCCACAUCUCCCCCUACCAUCCCAGCUGGUCUUGGCUUCGUGUCUUCGGCCAGCGGGGCUGCAUCAGUGACUAUGGAGCAGUUUGUUAGUGAUACAAAGGCAACUGUGAAGGGCUGGGGCCACAACCUGCAAGAACGUCUGGUCAACGCUUACGGGACGGAGCCGGUUACCGUCCGGGACCCCGACAAUCGCGCAUGGUUGUUGGGCCGGCAGUCUCGGUCCACUGCCGACUUCUACACCGUAUGGCGGGGCAUACGGCGCAUGACAUAUCGCAAGAACUUCGAGACCCCUCUGUACAACCAAAGCAAGCACUUGGAGUUCCACUGCGAUACCGGCUGGGGUUGCACCAUAAGAUCGGCGCAGAUGCUACUACUAGUAGCCCUCAAGAGGCAUCAUGGACUCGACGCAACCAUUCGACUGCUGUCCACGGACGAGGUCAUCGACUUCGUGCAUUCAAGUGGAGCCCACCAGCAGCAGCAGCAGCAGGAGGAGAGCCAUGCAUAUGCUCGUGACAGGACAACUGUGGACGAGACGGAUUUGUUGAGGCUAUUCGAAGACCGCCGAGAUAGGCCUUUCUCCAUUCAUGCAUUCAUGGCCCACAGCGAGCCAGGUCGAUGAUCGGCCCAGCUAGAGUGUGUGAUGUGUCCAUCACCUCAUCUGCACAUGGACCAUCUGGGGCUCGCUGUUUAUGUCGACCACGAUGGACUGCUCAGACCCGAGGACGUGAGGGCCUGUCGGCUGGACGCCGAUGCUCAGGGUCGGACCAUCGCCUGGUCACAAUGGAAGUGGUUGAAAUGGAGGUUUCACCACGAGCGAGCGGAGCUGCUUCGCCCGCCUCGUCGGCCUCUGGAUCCUCCGUUAAUCGUCGUCGUAGACGUUCCUGGAGCUUGGGCUCUCGAGGGCACGAGUGGGCGGUGCUGUCUCCUAGCGACGCCUCUCUUACGCGUAGUCAAACCAGCGAAGACAUCUCCAGCCCGAGCCACUUCGUAAUGGUUGGUUUUUCGGCUGGCCCCUCUGCUGCCCACGAUGGGUCUGACGUCAGCAUGCCCUGUAGAGAGGCCCGCAAUGAGUGCCCGAGUGUUUCAUCGCCGACUUCAUUAGCAAGUGUUGUUGAUGAUAUUGAGGACACCUCAGCCGACGAGUGGUCCAAAGGCGUACUCAUCCUUUUCCCCGUCCGGCUCACAGACGGGGAUGUUGUCGAUGCUGACAGCGCCAGAGUCGUGAGUGACUAUUUGAAGCUUCCAUGGUGUGUUGGUGUUAUUGGAGGUCAGUCUACGAGGGCCCAUUACGUCGUGGGGGUAGCUGAGAAGGACACUUACCUACAGUCUAGCACAUGGGGGAGGAGUGGCUAUCGGCAGACUCGUACGGACCUCCUCAGCAUCGAUCCUCAUUUUGUCCAGUCGGCAGUGGUAGAGGCACAGUCCAUCAGUUUCAAGAACAGCGAUGAGCCGUCCAGGCUGCAGCCUACUAAACUCAACCCUUCCUUGGGAGUCGGUUUCUAUGUAAAGGACGAGACCGAUUUGGAGGAGCUCUCGGCUGAGUUGGAUCGUGUCAAGGGUGGCUUCAUACAAGUGUGUGUACCGGGGUCGGCUCUGGGUUCCUUCUCAGCUGCGAGUGCACACAUCUCGGCAGAUCGGGUUAUAGUACUUUAACCAUGGAUACGACAGCAGCUGUAACACGUACCGUUUAUCACUGUUGGGACUAUUUUUUGGAGGAGACAAGAUGAUCACACAAAGCGACCAGGCAUACUCUAGCUAGUCGUGGCUUUUGACGAUACUG